AUGCAGCUGACACGAUAAAAGUAACAUUUUCAGCGUUCACACUUAUUUUGUUAGCUUCAAGUUACUGUUUUAGUUAUGUGAUAAACAAAGGUGUGCUUGUAGGGGAAAAAGUUUUAUCAAACGUGUUCAGUAUACGAAAAUGUGUUCUCAGCAAACAUUCAUCAAUUUCUAAAACAGUCAAGUGUAUUAUUACUUUCGUACUCAUCCUCAUCUUUCUUCAACCUUCAACUGCUCCCCCUAAUCCAAUAAAAGACAACGAAAGUGACGAGAGUGAAGAGUUUUCAGCUUACAAAUAUCCUGACUUCAAACAUUCCACGAAUCCAUAUUGGAGUGCAUUUCCCGAGCAAACGAGGAAAAGAUUAAAGCAGCAUGACCAUCUUGAAUUGAAUGUUCUCCGACGUUUACGUGGACUGGACUUUAAAGUGAGAGAAGCUUGGACAGUUACCGACAAGCCUUUCGAUGCGAGCAAAGAUUCAAGUCUUUCUUAGACAUAAAUUUAAUUAAUGCUAUUUAUUGAUUGAAAGUGACUUAAAGUUGUUAAUUUUCAUAUGAAUUGUUUUUCUUGUAGAUAAUUUCAUUGUCAAUCAAAAAAUGUUAAAUAGAACAAUUUUUUUAAUUAAAUUAUUCUUCAUUAGAAAUAAGACUUCAUACUAUGAUUUCACUGCAAUAAAAUUAUCCAAGUGGAAAAAUUAUCAUCACCAGAUCAAGCCAAUUUAUGAAAAUUUACAUUGCAGUUGUUCAAGUGUAAGACGAAGAUGAAAAUAGAAAAUGAUAAAUUAGAAAGUUAUUGAUAAGAUUUGUUUCAUUUUGCCAUUAGUUUUGUAGCAAUAAAUAUCUCUUAUAAUGCCAGAGAUCGUUUUCAUUCGAAUUUUAUAAUGAAAUUGAAGUGAAUGUAAGC